UCUCUAUACUGUCGACCUUCACAGUUCCCGGUUUAGCGCGCCGUGAGUGGAUCAUCCACAUACAUUUUAAUCAGUUGGAUUGUACAGUCUUUGCUGUAAGGCUAAAGCAAGCAGACCGUCAAGCGGUUCCUUCAGCCAAAAUGGCGCUAUGUUUACGUUUCUGCAGAGUCGAUUGUUAUACCUUCGUGACUGCAUUAUUCGUGGGAUUUUCGUAAUAAGCCUAUAACCCCCAGCAACACGGAUCCACAAAAUAUUGAUUUGUGGAAGUUGAGCAGUUGAGGGAAGGAUGCAGGCGGAAGCUUCAGACACCUCCCUCAGAGAGGGCAUCCAGGCUUUGGACGUGGAGGAUUCAGAGAAACCCGCUGCAGACACAACAGAGGACAUCAUCACGGACCAACAGGACACUGACAGAACAGCCGUCGCAGAAGAAGAGGACGCAGCAGCCCAGGAGGAAGCUGAGGAGAACGCAGAUGCGGCCGAAGAUGCAGCUCAGACCGAUCCAGCUAAAGCAGACACAGGGGUGGAUGCUGAGGAGGGGAAGCAGGCUGCAGAAGAGGAGUGGGAGAUUCCGUACAGCGACGAGGAGAUGGAGGACGCCAAAAACUGGAUGCCGCCUCCUUUGGAAAUUAAAAGACUCUACGAGCUGCUGGCUAAAGGGCAGAUGCUGGAACUGAACUUUGAGCCCCUCCCCAGAAGACCACCCACACCUGAACGUUCCCUUUCACCUGAGAGAGACGAAGAGGACGAGGCGGUGAAGGAAAGGGAGAGGCAAGACAGAGAGCGGAAGCCUCCAUCUCCAACCGAGUUCGACUUCGAUGAAGAGAAUAUGCAGACAACGCCGAAAAAUGCCUUCAUCAAUCGACGGCGAACACCAGGAUCCUCCGGCCGCUCGACGGUGAAAAGAGAAGCUCGUCUGGACAAAGUGCUGUCCGACAUGAAGCGCCAUCGCAAAAUCGAGGAGCACAUUAGACGAACGGGGAGGGAUUUCUUUAAGAACGAGAAAAAGCUGGAGGAGGCCCUCUCCCCAAACAGUCAGAAAGAGCGGGAUAAGGAGAGGGAGCGAGACAGCAACCCCAACACCAUCUUCUCACCACGACAGAGGAGAUACUGAAGACACAAAAGGAGAGCUUUAAAAAGGCUUUGCAGAACUCUUUUUAAUGUAAUGAAUUGUGUUUUUGUAUUUUUGCAAUAAUUUUUUAAUCCUAGGAAAUGUCAAAAUGGACUCAUUUCUGGGCUUUGGUGAUGUUUAGCUUUGUUAUAAAAUACGCUCUUUUCAUGCAGGUUUGCCCUGAGUCUCCAUUUGUAAAAGUACUUCCUGUCAAAUCUUGUUAAUUCUGGAUGCAGAAUCGUUCAAAUAAAUGUUUUUUAUUGACUAUUAAAGUCUAUGAGACCCCAUAAAGUUGUAAUACAGAAGAAAGGGUGUUCAAGUGCAAUUUCA